AUGGCCCCAGUUGGACAUGAAGUGAAGCAGGAAAUUAUCGACUCUCAGGAAGGAUAUGCAACUAUCCAGCCAAAAACGGAAAUAAGAGAUAAUGAUGAGUCAGUCAUUGCUAUGAUUUGUAAGGAUCGGCUUCCUGUGACAAUAUUGGAAGGAGCUGGAUUCCGAGAGUUGUUUGGGAAGUUAAGACCGGACGUUCAACUGAAACCCGUAACCUACUACAUUGAAAAUGCUCUGCCAACACUAAAUGACAAAUUGAAGGAGAAAAUUCGAAUAGAUUUAAUUUCGGCAAGCAAAGUGUCGCUUGCCUUCGGCACAUUCAAGUCGCAUGCUGAUCGACCUGAGCACGUUUCUCUCUCAGCUUACUGGAUGAUCCCUGAAAAAAUGGAACCACGACAUGCACUGUUUUUCUUCAAAACUGUGCCGGAGAGUUCACCUAAUGUUCUGUCAAAGCUUAUAAUAAACUAUGGAAUCCGUAACAAAACGAUUGGCUACAUCAGUGAAAGUCAGAGAAUCCCGAGAAUCUGUUGGCUGGAAAAUGAUUCGACUAAAUUGCCGGACUUCGAGGGAAUUUUGAACGAGGUGGUUUGA